UUUGCAGCAGCGAGUGGCGGCGCGGAUUAAACUUCUUCCCCCGCUGAGUGUGAUUAUAAUAAUAAGGCAGAUGUUGUACAGAUGUUCCAGCGCAGAUUAAACUUCUUCCCCCGCUGAGUGUGAUUAUAAUAAUAAGGCAGAUGUUGUACAGAUGUUCCGGCGCAGAUUAAAGGACUGAGGGCUGAUGGUGGUGUUUGACAUGACCUUCUGCUGUGUUCUUCGUGGUGUCAUCUUCAUGAUCAUCUCCAUAACUAGGAAGUGAUUUUUAUUCAGUGUGAUAUAUGCAGAGUACUGCCCUGCUGACUAAACCUUAAGAAGUGCUGGUGGUGGCGUCUCAGACAUGACGUCCUCCUGUGUCCUUUGCGGUGUCCUCUUCGUCAUCACGAUCACGUCCAUCACUACACCUGUAUCAGCUGUUACUACAGUACGGGUGAAGUUUAAUCAGUCUGCUGCUCUGCCAUGUGAACGGACCUGCUCUUAUGAGGCUACAUGGACUCUGUUCAGUAACGAUCAGGUAGUGGCUCAGUGCGAUCAGACAUCCUGCUGGUCAGAGGAGGGAUUUAAAAUGUUCCAUGAUGAGUACCUGAAGGGAAAUCUCACCCUCACCAUCCCUGCAGCUGAUUUCAGUCAGAGGAAACUGUACACGUGUCUGUGUGAUGGAAAAGCUGUUAAUGAUGUGCGACUCAGUAUCGACAGACGGAGCUCAUUAGUUCAGCUGAAGCCUGGUGAAGAUCUGCUGCUGGAUUUGCACGUAUCAGAGCGAGUGGAGGUGAUCUAUAACCACAGAGAUUCAGAUAAACAGAUCUGCAGUGUGGCCAACAGCUCACUCCACUGUACAGCUGAAUACACCUCGAGAACAUCACUCACUAACACGGUUCUCACACUGAGAGGAGUCCGGUCGACUGAUGGGGGAGUUUACACCGUCCGAGAUCCAGAGGAGAAGGAAGACCUUCAUAUUUACGCAGUCAGUGUUGAAGCUCCAGGACCAAAAUGUGGUGGGAUACCAGUGUGGGUGUUUGUGGUGGUGGUGUUGGUGUUGCUGCAGCUGUUUUAUGUACUGUAUGUGAAGCGUGUAUUCCUGAGGAAGCGAAGACGACGUCCAAGCGCAGAUUUGAACAGCUUGCUGGAGGCAGAACGGCUAAACAUGGGGACUUUAGAAGAUAAUUUCAUACAGCAGGCAAAUCAUGGAGGAGAAAGAAGGCAGACGUCUACAGCUGUAAACGGAACCAUAGGACUGGCAGAGUUGGCUGAUGUCCCACAAAUGGACAGUAGAGCAGAGAGAGGGCAGCGAUCAAACAGGCCCGCAGCAGUUCACAACUGGGGGAAAGUGUCAUUUAGGAACAAACGGUCCAACUAUAGGAAAGUUAAAGCAUAUGAUACAAUUUAGAGAUUCUACAGCUAAUGACUUGUAUGAAAGAGCUGAACAACUCUGCACAGCAACAUCAGUAUUUUAGUGGUGGAACAGUUGGUGUGUGUGUGUGUGUGUAUAUAUAUAUAUAUAUAUAUAUAUAUAUAUAUAUAUACACACACAGUGGUGCUUGAAAAUUUGUGAACCCUUUAGAAUUUUCUGCCCUGAAAGGCGCCUUAAAUAAAAUGUAUUAUUAUUAUUAGUGUGCUUGAAAAAGCAAACUAUUGUUAAGUUUUAUUUUUAUUAUUAUUCAUUUUCACCCGUUUUUUGGAUCCACUCCUCCUCCUAGGGCUUUUGAGAUAGAGACACCGUUCCAACGCUGAAACGUAGGGCCCGAUCUGGAAUGGUGUGCUUGUUAAAAUGGUUGCGCUACCCCUUGUCGUUCGUUCGGUAUUCCCGUUUUUCGGUAAAACUCCGUGCCAUUGAAAUGAAUGGGAGUGAUGACGUCAUAAGGAGCGCCCCCACUCUAGACGUUAGAGCGCGCGCAGCAGAAAAAACAAAAUUAAAACUGCGAUUUUACAGCCAGAAUCCAUGUUUUAAACCCUGUAAAACCUCUGAAUUAAAUUGAAGAACAUAUAAAAGGGUGGAGAGGAGAUUUCACUGCGCGAAGCGUCUCCCUUCAAAAUGCUGUGAGAGAGUGUGACGGGCUGAGCCGCGACGCUGACAGAGCGCAUGCGCAGGCAGCCAUGUGCCGCCAUUUUUAAAUCUCUGCUGUCCUGUCGCUGUUCUCAUUGCCACCACCGUAUGCACUGUUGAAUCUUUGUCGAGGAUCAAAAAGUAAAAUAAUUCACACUGGCUGUUAAAACUUUUGUUAUUUCAACUCCGGGAGCAAUUCCCUCACCAGGCAUUCAAAACGCUCUUCCGGGUCUCGUUUGGGGAAACAGAUGGACUGUUCCACUGGGGGGAAUAGAGGGGUGUCCCGGGUUCUUUGUGGGGCAGUCCAUUGUGCUGGGGGUGUCUUGGGGUAAUGACUUGAAAGCCAUUUGGAGGGUUCAAUAAGGUGUUUUUGUGCAGGUCAGUUAUUGUAUGUAUUUUAUAGAAUGUGAGAGAAUGCGGCUUCAUUUGAGCAAGCACACUCCAGCAGUUUCUGCAGAGGAAAUGCAGUCUAGUUGUUAUUAUUAUUAUUAUUAUUAUACUUUUGCCACUCACAGAUAUGUAAUAUUGGAUCAUUUUCCUCAAUAAAUAAAUGACCAAGUAUAAUAUUUUUCUCAUUUGUUUAACUGGGUUCUCUUUAUCCACUUUUAGGACUUGUGUGAAAAUCUGAUGACGUUUUAGGUCAUAUUUAUGCAGAAAUAUAGAAAAUUCUAAAGGGUUCACAAACUUUCAAGCACCACUGUAUAUGUGUAUGUGUGUAUAUUAUAUAAUAUAUAUGAUUUUACAAGUAAGGUGAGAGAGAAAUGGCAUUUCAAUUCUCCUACAUGUACUGGAUAAAUUGUGAAUUGACGACAAAAAUAUUUGAAUGAAAGAACUCACCUGUUCUGAAGCCUGCUUCCUGCUGUUCUGUUUCCCCAAACUGUGAGAACUGUGGCCGGCCAGUGAGGGCCUUUCUGUGUGGAGUUUGCAUGUU